GCCGUGCCGAGCAAACCUCCUCUACGGCUGGAUCGCCUCUGCCCUUAGCUCGGGCUGCAGCUCCCUCCUCCUCCUCCUCCUCCUCCUCCUCCUCCCUGGGAUGAUUUGCACAGGACGGGUCUAGUAUCUCCGGAGCGCUUCUACUUUGCUCCCACCCGCGCUCGGUGGGACUAAGCUAUCGUUUAAUGGGAGGUUAUUUUCGGCAACCAGCCUUGCACCCGGGCGGACCGGCCGGAGGAAGAGCCGGGCGCUUCUGAAAGCGGCAGAGGAGGUUUGCCAAAGCAGGGCAGCGGAGCCGGGGGGGGGGGGCUUGAACCGGCGGAGCCCAGCCGAGGGGCCACCCCGCCGAGGAGGAGAGCGAGCUGCCCGGCUACCUGCUCCGUAUUUCUGGCUGCCUGCAUGGCUCCCGGGCACUGUAGAGAUUGUGGGGGCUGUUGCUGCUGCUGAGCAACAAUACAUUGCUUUAAACUCAGCCUCAACUUAGCCCGGCAAGCAAGGAUGGCAACGCUACUGGAGCUUUGGAGCUGCCAAGAGAGCCAGGGAACCUGGGUUUUGUGUGCCACUGUCUAAUGUAUGGGAGUAAAAUGGAAUUUCUUACCUGGGUUUUUCCUGCCUUGGUUCUACUGUGCACCCAACAGCACAGGUGUAUCAGGGUGCUUUAGAGGGCUGUAUUUGAAGCAAUUUCUCUGUCAUGUGUGCUAUUUGACUGAAGUGAAUGAGCCAAAUUCAACCUAAGUCAGCACAUCCUACUUACGCCAGUGCUGUUUUCAGAGCUAUGAAUGACAUCGGAGAUUACAUAGGUUCCAACAUCGAAAUAUCCUGGUUACCCAACCUGGAUGAUUUAAUGAAAGGGUAUGCACGUAAUUUCAGGCCUGGGAUUGGAGGUCCUCCCGUUAAUGUUGCUCUUGCAAUUGAAGUAGCCAGCAUUGACCACAUCUCAGAAGUGAACAUGGAAUAUACCAUGACGGUAUUUUUGCACCAGAGCUGGCGAGAUGACCGUCUGUCUUACAACCACACCAAUGAAACUUUGGGCUUAGACAGCCGGUUUGUGGACAAGCUCUGGUUGCCAGAUACUUUCAUAGUAAAUGCCAAGUCUGCCUGGUUCCAUGAUGUGACUGUGGAAAACAAACUUAUCAGGCUCCAGCCAGAUGGAGUCAUUUUAUACAGCAUCAGGAUUACCUCAACAGUGGCCUGUGACAUGGACCUUUCCAAGUAUCCAAUGGAUGAGCAAGAAUGCAUGUUGGAUUUGGAGAGCUAUGGCUACUCUUCAGAGGACAUCGUCUACCACUGGUCAGAAAACCAGGAGGAAAUCCAUGGGCUGGAUAAGCUGCAGCUUGCUCAAUUCACAAUUACCAAUUACCAGUUCACAACAGAAAUGAUGAACUUCAAAUCUGCAGGUCAGUUUCCCAGGCUCAGUCUCCACUUCCACCUUCGGCGAAAUCGAGGAGUUUACAUCAUUCAGUCUUAUGUUCCUUCUAUCUUACUAGUGGCCAUGUCAUGGGUAUCCUUCUGGAUCAGUCAGUCAGCUGUGCCUGCCAGGGUGUCAUUAGGUAUAACUACUGUUCUUACUAUGACUACACUGAUGGUCAGUGCCCGAUCUUCGCUUCCACGAGCAUCUGCCAUCAAGGCGCUUGAUGUUUACUUCUGGAUUUGCUAUGUGUUUGUCUUCGCUGCACUGGUAGAAUAUGCAUUUGCACAUUUCAAUGCUGACUACAUGAAAAAGCAAAAGAACAAGAUAAAGGCAAGAAGGCAGAGUGGAGAGAUAAACGUGAAGAAUGCCAUUGUUCUGUUUUCCCUUUCCAUAGCUGGUGUGAACCAGGAACUGGCCAUUUCUCAUAGGCAGCACCGAAUUCCCAGAAGCCUGCCUGGAUCAUAUGGCACAAUAGAAAUAGAAACUGGAGAGACAAAACUGCAGCAAGUAAUGAAACUGGAUAAAAAGAGUGGUCUGAAGUCCCUCUUUAAGCCCAUUGAUGCUGAUACCAUUGAUAUAUAUGCCAGAGCUGUGUUCCCAGCAGCCUUUGCAGCAGUCAAUGUUAUAUACUGGGUUGCAUACACAAUGUAAAAAAAAAAAAAAGAAAAUUCAUGUGAAGAGCUACAAAUUGAACAAUACCUACGGACUAAAAGGCCCUUGCUGAAACUGUAUUGAUCCAUCUCUUCUCAAAAUAUUUCCCAAUGAGCUCGAGGCAUUUCUAAAGUCAAGAAAGUCCUGCUAUCAAUUCCUACUAAAAGCAGCAAUUUAUUACUGAUUUGACACAGUAGUAACUGUACUCUGCCAAACAAUCCCAGCUCCUUAUUUCCUGUAUUACCAUGAGAUAAUUUUUCAUAUGUACAUAUUUGCAGCAAAAGGUUAAGUCUUAAAUUACCAUGUUUUUCCUCCACUUUAAGGGUUGAUCAGUAAUGAAGAUUUGGCUUUUCACACUCAGAUCAUUUCCUUUUUUGUAAUGGAAGAGCUAAUUCCUCACUUCCACAUGAGUGAUUUUCUGCAUCUGGCCUUCUGUGGGAUGGUCUAGGUUUAAUAGUAGUGGUAAAGUUGGAGUUUUUAAUCAUAAAAAUCUCAUGGACAAAGUAAAAGGGAAUAGAGGGGAGUGGAGGCUUUUUCUUAUAUUAUUAUUUGUCUUGGAUAAAAUACUGAAAACAUUUCAAUGCUCUUAGUCAUAGCAUGAAAUAAAAUAUACUACAUAAAAUUCUACUGAAUUGUUAAUAAUGACUGUAUUACAUUUAAGAUCUAACCUAAUGAACGUUUAAACACUUAAACACAGUAAUGUUUAUUAGUUUAACAGGCCCCAAAAUAGAUAAAAGUGAUUUAGAAACACAGGGAAAGCUCAGGCUUCCUAUGUUGGAUUGGGAAAAAUUUUAAAGGUGCUUGAUAAUGAAGGAACUCAGACUUCAUUUUCAGGAAGGACUUUAGAAUUUGUUCUUUUAAUUUUCAGUGACAGUCUACCAUGUGUGCCUCUGAAAAUAUCCUUUUUGCAUCUGUCCCUAAAUAGCUGAGUAAAGUUAAAAAAAUGUGAUAAGUGGCUUUAAGUUACUCAGUUGCUUUGGAUAUUUUUGCCAUUUUUAUUCAGAGGCUGACCUAAUAUGUUAGGCCUCUUCACUUCCAUUAUUUGACAAUGAAAUUUGUGGGUACUCAUACACACUCCUUAAUUCAGGACUAGAUCCUCUCACCCAAAUAAUGCAAAAUAACACUUUGUUCUGUAAAUAAUUCCAGUGAACUCAGCAAACAAACGCAGUAUUCACAACAAACACAAGUUUCACAAUUAAUCUCUAAAAACCUCCACAGUAAAUAUAUUGGGAUAUGGAUUAGUACAACUGAAAUAUUGUUAGUGUAGGAAACCAAUGUAAGAUACUUCAAAAGGGAAUUUUUUUUUGGAGAAUUUUGUUGCCUUGAAAGUGAGAGAUUGUUUUAAAUAUAGAGACUGACACAAAAGAAAAUAUGAAGUGAGAGAGGGAGGGAAAGAAGGAAGCAAAUCAAGUGGCUGAAAGCUAUGAUGGAAGGGAGCAUGCGGAGGUGCGAGAUUAAACAAGCCAAAAUACGUAGAUAAGAGAAGAGCUGCACUGGGCUUUGAAGAUGGGGAUCUUGAACAUAGUGGCUCAUGAUUAAUAGUUGCAGUUGCCAUAAGGAUGAAACAAGCAUUUGAUCACAGUGGAGUAUGCGCACAUUCCUCCUGCAUUACUUAUCUGUGACGUAUGGUUUGAUUUCAUAUGACCAGCACUGAAAGAUAGAGCAUUUUAACACACAUUUAUAACUUAAAAUAAGAUUUGUUGAAUAUCACUGAAGUAAGAGAAUGCUUUGAAGAAAAAAUAAUGAUCCUGAACUGAGCUAUAAUAGAAAAUACACUCCCAUUUUAAGUCAGGCUUAGGUUCACCUCAAUCUUUAGUUUCUGUUAUAAUGGAAGAACUGUCUGCCAACAGUGUGCUGGAAAGCGCAAACUGACUUCAAGCUAUAAUCGUUCCACAAAGUUAUCACCAGUCUAGCCCUGGACUGAGACACCAGCAUUCUGCUCCAAGAUCUUGCCACUGACUUGUUGGGGAAUCUUACUUAAAUAAUUUCACUGCAUCAUCUGCAAAAUUGAUAUAAUGAUACUGAUUUCUUUCCUGUAUCUUUGAGGUUUACAGAAGAAAAACCCUUCAGGAGAGACAGAAACUUAUGCUCCAACUAGGUAAGUGCAUCCAACUAGUACUUAUGUGGUGCUAUUUACCAUAGUUUCUGAGACUCACAUACUGAAUUAAAGCAAAGUAUCACUCAACUUUCACCUUAUCCAGAAAGCUAAUGAAAUUCUGCAUCUCCUUCAAUAUAUGCAGGUAAUCAGGCUUCUCUUUCUCCUCCUGCUUCCCCUCUUUCCAUUUUAUUUUUCUUGGUAUUUGUUCCUGAUGUUGAUGAAAUGCUACAAUACAGAAAUACACCAUUUUUUUUGAAGUGCAUUUUUGGUCAUAAUCACUUUCUCCCCAAGGAAGUUCAACCCCUCCUGCUCUCUUCUGAAUCAUUCUUACUGUUUUAUAUAAUGAUUAAGUGCAGAGUGGAAUAAAAACAGCAGAAGCAUGACUUUACAAUGCCUUUUCCUUACUAAGCUGUUUUUCCACGAUCGUGGGUCAGGGCCUUGACAUAUCUUAAGUCCCCUUUCUAACUCUCCUUUCAGCUUAAACCUGAACUUUUUCAAUUUACACCUGACCAAAUUCUUGUCUGGCCUCAGAAGUUUAAAUGUAACUCUUGGAUGAUGCACUUUCAUAGGCAAGGCAAGAUGGUAGGCAAGUCUGAAAUUUUCUGCUCAGCCCUUUGAACAGUAUCACCACAAGAGUACUACACCCUUUAGAAAGGCCAUAGUGCCUUAUUCUUCUCUGUUACACUUGCAUAAAUCAGAAAUAAUCUUUGGUUUAAAAUCAGUAGAUUAACUACUGCUGUGAAAGCAGAGUUUAACCUUUUGGUAUCCUGCUGGUUUCUCUAGCUAUUGGUUUAUUACACUGCCUGUCAGGGUCAGCUGCUAAGAGUGAAAUUAUUGACUAAAUCCAGUUGAAGAAAUACUUGCAGCAAGUUCCUGUGGAGUGUAAAUCAUAAGAAAAUAAUCCAUGAUUUUGGAAUUAAAGUUAUUAAAGAGCAGAGAACAAAGCAUUGACCUAGUCCCUCUAGUGUGCAGUGGCUGGUUAUUUAGAGUAAUUAGCAAGAAGUCGGCUGCAUAUAUUACAAAGGCAAUGUCUAAUCUAAUUACUUCAGCAGUAAUAGUUUGUAAUUGUGCACCUGACAUAACUCCUUACACUGAAGCCAACUGAAUAAUCACAUGGGGUUAUUGGACAAAAUUAGUUGCUUCUCCAUCUGGGAGACAGUCAUAGGCUGCAUGCCCUGCUGAUUUCUUCAAAAGAUAUAUUCAAUCAAUUAUUUCUGUAGUUUGACUGCAGAUCUUCAAGGUGCACAGCUCGGUUGUGACUGAUCAAAGUAAAAGGUGGCAGUGAUCUUUUCCUCAAAAAAAACCAAAGCCAGAAUGCUUGACUAUCACAAUGUUGUAGACAGAAGCAUAAAUAAAGGGGGGAAAAAAAAAUCUCAAAACAUUGCAGGCAGUCAGAAGUGUGCACUGGGAGCAUACAUAUGGCAAUUGUGUCCAUUCCAGGAACAAGGUGACUCAGAGGGGAGAACAGGUGUUUCAGCUACUGUUACUGCACUUGCAUGAGUAGCACAAGACAAAACACCUCCAUCAUGAAGAGUGGGAUUUUCUUAAAAUCUGUUUCCAGAGCCAGAAAUAGAAAAGUCAGAUGCCAUUCAAACUCUUUUAAGGAGAAACCUCAGUACAGGAGUAUGGUGUAAUGAUUGGAAUUUUGCAUAAAUUUGAAUAUUCUGUACCUUUGCGUGUGCUAUACUUUUUUUUUUUUCAUUUAAAAUCAUCAUACUUAAAAAUCAUCAGACAUUAAUGCUUUAGAUGUAUUAACAUCUAAAGACAAUGCCCUGCUCAACAUUUCAUGAUGGCCUUAAUAAACAGAAAUAAACUAAAUUCGAUGUCAAUUGAAUGCUAACUUUGGAUGGGUUUUACUAGUGUCAAGGAGGGGGGGGGCGCAGGGAAAGAAAGUAUGUGACAGAUCAGAAGGCACUUUUUCUGUGCUGUACCUGAAGGCAUUUGUAUUCCUUUCAGCAAUUUGGAUUACUGUUCUAUGGACUGGUAUGUCUGUGAGAAAAAGAGUGGGAUAUGUGUUAAUGUAAUCAUUCUAAAUGUGAAGUGUUAAUAAAAUGUAGAUAUACAGAAAUUGGAGCUUCUAUAAAUGGACAAAAUAGACAUUCCAACUAUUGAACUGGAAGAUAAAAUGCAUUAGAAGGAAACUCAAAAUAACCUCAGAGAUUUCAUCCCAUAAUGAAAUCCUGGCUAUUCAGUGCCCAAGGGCUUGUAAAACUCUACUUCGGUCUUGACAACAGAAGAGAAAGUACCAUUCUGUAUUCAUGAGUGCUUUCUGUGGGGCACUUAUGCAGACUACUGUAUUUAUGUUAAAAAAUAGCUGUUGCUGCCUCAAGAGGUUGAAAAGAAUCAGAAAGCACAAGAUGAAGAAGAGCAAGACACUGCAUGAUUUGUUUGAAAGUAAUGCUGGCAGCGACAGCACUGUUAAGAGGUUAAUAUACAGAAAUGUCUGUCCUGUUUCUGGGUAAAAAUGAAAGCAUUUAUCCAAGUUAAAGUAAAAGCUCUCACAUCAGUUCUUAACCAGUUUGCUAAUCCAAUAGAUAAUGUAGCGAAACCAAUUUAACUCAAUGAGGCUUCUACUGUUGGUACAACAAAACCCUUAAAAUGAUUGCUCUGAUUGUAAAUACUCGGAGUCAUUAACCUAAGAAAGCACUUCACAUUAGGAAGAAGACAGCACCCCUGCAUAUUUGUCCAUGAAGCAGAAUAGAUAACAAAAAGCUUACUGAAAGUUUCUGAGAAUAUUUUCAUUUAAAAAAAAAUAAUCUGAAGCGAUGCCCUCACGCCCUCUUUAUUAUAGCAGCUUAAAACACUUUCAAUGGUUGAAAGCUUGUUCGAUGUUAUAAUAAUACCAUGUGCAAUAUAUGUUACAAACAUAUAUAGCUAAUUCUUCUUAUUGAAAACCGAAUAAAAAUUUGGCAAUGAACACGUCUAUUUGGAUGGAUUUGGUAGCUGAAAUGAGACAGGCACUGUCUAUUUCUGCCUUUAUAGCUUGCGUGUUAAAUGAAAUGAAUUUGAGGAUCUAAGCCCAUCGUUACAUAAUGCAUUAGGGAUCUGUUCUCUCCUUAUACCAGCUUUAUGUCAUGGCUAUUCCUUUUACUAAGUCCUGCACAGUAAAAACAAAUCUGAGAAGACAGUCAAGCCCAGGCUGUCAGAAAAUAUAGUACCAACAGAACUAAUCAGAUGUUAUUGGGAGUUCACUGUUCCGCAAGAAGAUUGGUCCAAAAAAAGAAAUCUAAGUAUCCCUCAUUUCUGAGAUAUCUGAAACCUCUUUACAUCAUUCUAGAUUUAGGGCCAACCAAUACAUACGACUAAUUCCAACACAGGACUAAUUCCACUGAACGGAAGAUCCCUCUGGCUCACCGUCCAAGCUCCACCUUUUGGUAUAAAGUCUGUCAAGGAGUUCCUCAGUAUGUGCAUCUUUUACUGAGACCAGUAAUGCUCACCACUCAGAAGCAUUGCUCUUUCUGUUCUCAACUGGGGCAAAGACAGACAAUAUUACAAACCAAAGAAAAGUGCUUUUAUACUUGUACAUCUCAUCUACACAAAAGAAGUUGUACUGAUUUAACCAAAUUAGUUUCACAAGCUCAUUUUGUCAGUACUGCCAUUUCAGCUCGCACAAAAAAGAGCACCCAAGCUAAUGGUAGAACUUCCUUGUGUAGACAAUGCCUAUGAAAUUUCCAUGAGGGGAUUUACCAAAAAUACUUUAACUUAUCUUUUCAGAACUCUUUAAAUGCUUAAUUGGAAUACUUUAAGAUAGUAAGGAGACAGGUGCUCAGAAAGGUAAAGAAUAUUUGAAAUACGUAACAAAUAUUUUUCAGGCCUUGAAACUAAGUUGUUCAACAGCAAUUAGCCCUGCAGGUAGUCCAGAUUUCACCUGACAAGAAGAGGAUUUCUCAUAGUAUCCUACAGAUGCAUUAAGGGACAGGGGAUGUAAACAAAUAUUUUUAUUAUGCAACUGGCUGAGCAUUCUUUAUUUCCUGAUUGCUUUUAAAUAGUUUUUAAAUUCCUGUAGCAGCCAUAAAACAUUAACCAAUAGAGAACAAUUAUCUUCUGUUUAAGGUAAGAUGAUCCUUGGGAGCUUUCAGAAACAAAAUAUUGCUUUCUAUGCCUCCUUUGCAUUAGGAGGCAGUAUUUUAUUGAAUAGAAAUUUAAUUCUACAGUUACAUUCCUUAAUUUGUUGGCUCAGUUUACUUUAUUGCAAAUAGAUAGAGGCUUUGAGGGUUUGUUGUUGUUAGUGGUUUUGUUUUUUUUCUUUUUCUUUUAACUACUUGAUGUAAGAAGAAAUAAAGAUAAGGAAAACCAGUCUUUUAAGACCUGAGAGUCACAAGCUCAAAUGUUCAUGUUCACAGGAUCCAUAACAACUUCAGCGGAAAGCGUGGCACUUAAAGAGCCAGUGGGAUCUGGCUCCUACCAUGUAACUAGUAAUACAUAAUACAAUUAUUUAUUACAAAAGGUCCCAACUAAUAUUACAGUUCCUAGCUUACUGGGAUUUUAAAGAUACGUUUGAGAGAUAAUACUUAUCCCAACAACUUUAAAAACUCAACUAGCAAAGGAGUAGCAAAAAUAAAUUGUAUAUACAUCCUGUGUAAGUAAGGAGGAGACAUGUUAUCAAGUUGGUCAGAUGGAGUUGAAUCCAAAGUAGCUUUGCAAAUUUAACAGUUGUGAAAGGAAUCCAACCUCUGGAAACGUAUCCCUUUCUUUAACUCUUGCAUUACUUCUAUUUCACUUGAUACUCAGUUAUCUUUCCCUUUUUUUUUACUUGAAAAGUAUUUAACACUUUGGAAAAAAGAGGAAAUUUUCUUUCUCUUUGGCUUGAGAACAUAUUAGGCAAAACUAAUAUAAUCUAGUCACACAGGUAUGAAAAACAGUGAGACUAAAAGUCUCUGUUUACAAACCUUUGUACCUUCCAAUGAGUAUUACUUAAAAGGCAAGAAACUCAACCCUGUGAUAAUUUUGUAAGUUAACCAGCACACUCCCACACAAACAUGGUCUUUCUCCCCCUUGGUUCAUUCUCUUGCACAACACACUGGUAGCCCCAUGUAUGCAAUAGAGAGAAAAAAAAUAGUUUAAGGCAUUCCUCAAAUUCUCCACAGUCAGACAAGCUCUUCUGAAGAUCAUAAUUUUGGCCCAAACAUCUUUAACAUAGUCCUGGGUAACAUAAGUUACUAACAAAUGCAGGUUUACUUACCCAAUAAGCAACUGAUGCAAUCUGAACAAGAGCAGCACUGGGAAUUACCUUUGCUAGCACAAAUAUCACAAACCUCUCCAUUUUCUUGCAUUGGGUUACCAGAGGGUGUAGGGAGGACAUUUUUCUUUACAUAGUAAUAAAUAAUUGGCCAGCUUUAAGGGGUAGGUAUUUGGAACAGGCAUAGCUGGAAGUAGCAAAACAAUAUAUAGGCCAUUGAGCUAUUCCAGUAUUACAAUUACUACGGUUUUAAGAUUAAAUAAAGAUUGAGUGAGGAAAUACAAAGUAAUCUGUAAAACAUCUGGUAUAAUACUCCAUCCAGACUGUUCUUCCUUUAUUGCUACAUUUCUUUCAGAUUUAGACAAACAAAAGAUCUAUUUCUGUACAUCUUAAACUUAGUUUUUAGAGAUAUAUUUAAGAUUAUCCCACCCUCAUCUUUUCCAGGUUGUGUGUGCAACUUCUACAUAUACAUGUUCAUAUGUGCAUAUAUAUAAAGGACAGGAGGAUUCUAUAUAUUGUUUAUAAAUGAUAGUGCAUAUAGUAUUUUAAAAUUGAACCUGUACUUUAUAAAGAAGAAACAUUUAAUGUGUCAGCUAUGAUGACUUUCAGAUUGCCUGCGAUGAUGGUUCUGUGCAUGCUUAUUAAAGGGUCCAUCAGGCACUUCUUGGAUUUGGAAUAUUUUGAACUAAGAAUACCUGUCUCAGACUGAAUGCUGGCUGGACCAAUAAUGAGAACUUAGGACAGCACAGUUAAGUCUGGUCCAGGGAAAGCAAUAAAAAGAGGAUUCUUGAGGAACCAAGGUGAAAACUUGAUCCUCAGGGUUAAGCCUUUUUUGUUAAUAUUUUCACCAUUUUCUUCCAUCCUCUGAAAUGACAAUUGCGUGUCUUCAACGGUAGAAGCAUCCAUUUUCUUUCUUCCAUAGUUUCUUUCACUGUUAUCUUUCAGAAUAGGGAUCGUUGCUUUCUAAAGGAUUAGGACCAGCUUAUGCAGAAGAAGAAAGGAGCCCCUAUGAUUUACAGUGUAUUGUAUGCUGGUGAACGCAUACAAAAGGAAAAGCGGGCCAAAAUUGUGUUUCUACAUAGGCAGGUUAUUUAAGUAUCCUGAAAAAAUAAAUACAGAAGCAUAGAGGUUUGGUUUUAUUUGCUUUUAAACUUAUGUAGCUUGGGCUACCCAUUGAAUUCUUUAUCCUCCUGGCUAAUGUGGUGUCAGCAAAAGUGAGUUAGCUUCUGGGUGCUUCUGUCUUAUAUAAGACAGACAAGUAAGGGAGGUGUUGACUUAAAAUAGUCUUGAAACAUUAUUCAUUUUGUCUAUUUUAACAUGGGCUAGAAAAACACUAAUAUUCAAUCCAGCAAGAAAAUCUGCAAAGAAUUUCCAUGGUGAUUUCUGAUGUUAUGUAGGAUAUAUGCUUUACUCCACUUUAUGUUAAAAUAUAUGAAUGCUUUCCCUUAUAAUUUUUAUCCAAACUUAGUGGCAUUUUGCCCAAAUCUGUUCCCACUGGACUCAAUGAUUUCACUGCCAUUGAUUUUGAUAGAAACAAUAGCUUAUAUCUUGCCUAGCAAAAAAAGGGUAAGUAGGCUGAAGAGCACAUGUUGCUGGUUUGAUCUGCUAAAGAAGACUUUCUAUGGGGAUGCAUUUUCAUUCUAGAGUGACACAGAACUGGUUACUCACGUUUCACAUAUAUUUGAAGAUAGUAGCCGUCUCUCCCAAUUUAUCUGUUGUUUAGUUCAUAGUCUGAAAUCAUCAUUCGAAUCCCUACUAAAUCUUUAAAACCUUGGAAAGUUGACAGGUCCUAAUAUAGCUGAAGAUCUGAAGUCACUAAUACAAGUAAUAGGAUACCUGUCUUCUGCUGAGGUAAAACUAGUACCAACUGCCCCCUUUUUUUCAACAAUUGUCUUUAAGAACUAGUCGUCAUAAUGAUGUCUUAAUUGAAGCAUUUAGGAGGGAGAAAAGGAGAAGGAUUUUUUUGGUCAACCUUGUCGGAAACAUACAAGUACUUUGUGUAUAGAGCAGUUAAAAAGUAAUUGCAGCAAAGAAAAGGUAGAAAAAUCUGCAAGUCUUGCCACCCAGUCAUCAGGUUUAAAAACUUACAGCUAUAUAUCUUUCUGUCUAAUUUGUAAGAGUAACUUUGUACAUAAUCUAUUCUGUGAGAAGUCCAUAUAGAGCAAUGGUUCUUCAACAACCUGCAGUAGUAGGAACAUUUCCAAUAGUUUUAGUCAUUUAAGCAAUAAAGGUCCUAGCUGAGCCACUUGCUAAUUAAUUACAGAAACUGAUGUGUUCAUUGAACUAUCAAAGUUAAAACAGAGAGCUUUUCCUCCCUGUUUCUCACACCCAGGAAAGGGGAUAUGUAAACAUCAAUGUAGCAACAAUAGCCCCCAAACUGCAAGUACAGAGUCUUGAUCCCUGCUGAAUUCCUCACCUGUGAAAUAAAACGAACCAUAACAAAUACGUAUUCUUUGAUCUUUGUUUCUAAAGAGAUAUAUUUCUUUCAAAGCAAAGCCUUUUGUAAGCCAGAGAUAGUGCUCUGGAGAUGCGAUGGGUCAACUGGCAGUGAUAGUGAGCUAAGAGCCUCUUAGGUAUGAUUGAUAAUUCAUGUUACGCUUUCAGUCCAAUAGCGCCUUUGCCUCCCACUCACAUCUUAACCAGCAGACCUGGAGUGCUUCUCUCAGUAAUCUGCAAUUCUCCUACUCCUGGAAUGAGCACCAAGCAGUAGCACCUUAAACGUUAAACUCAGUAGUCCUCACUGGGUUAAAUAGCGGAGCUUUUUCCCUUUAGGAUCUAGGAUACACGAUGAUAACGGUUAUCGGACAGACUAUCUAAACUAAUGUAUAGUCAAGUCUUAAAGAUGAAGACAAAGCACUUCAACAUGAAAAUCUCAAAACAGUGAGCAAUCUAUGAGCAUGCCUGUUUUAGUAAAACACUGAUCAUCUGAUGGUACAUUGGCAGAACUAACUUUGAACUAACUUGAGGCAUUCUAGCAGAUUUUUACGUGUAUCAUUAAGUUGCCUUGAAAAAUUCUCUUUAUUGCCGUAACGGUUCCUUAGUGAGUGUGAGUAUCCCUUUCAGUCAAGAUCCUUUGGUUCCUCAAACCCUGGGAUUCAAGAGUAUCUAGUAAAAAACAAUUUUGUGAUCUGAGCUACAGAAAAAAUAAACCUUGCUACUCAAUAAA